AUAAUCCGGUGUGCCGUCUGGGAGGAUGCAGUGCUUCGGCAGUCGGGCGUACAUACCCUCUGCUGGCUUGGUGACUGACGUCGACGUGCUCGCUUCUGGCUGAUGGCCGUUGACGAUGGCCAUGCUUCGAGUCGAGGAGGGGAGCAGCGUCACUCGGCAAAAAGUUGGCGACGACUUGAAGCAACUCGACGACCUUGACGAGUCACUGGACGGCGAGGAUGGCAGCGAGAGAUGCCCCGGAGAGGACGAUCAAGAGCGGGCUGGAGAUACGCUCCUUCAAGGAUGGCAACGGCAAGAUCCUGCCCGUCAAGGGCGAACGCAACGUCCUCAUCACUUCUGCCUUGCCCUAUGUCAACAGUGCACCCCACCUGGGCAACAUCAUCGGCUCGACCCUCUCUGCAGACGUCUAUGCUCGCUACUCACGCAUACGCAACCGCCCCACCCUCUACGCCUGCGGAACAGACGAGUAUGGCACCACGACAGAGACCAAAGCGAUGGCAGACGGCGUCACUCCUCAACAACUGUGUGAUAGGUAUCAUCAGAUUCACAAGACGAGCUACGAGUGGUUCCAGAUCAGCUUUGACGUCUUUGGGCGGACGACGACGCCUCAGCAGACAGAGAUCUGUCAAGACGCUUUCAAGAAGCUCUACAACAAUGGUCUGCUCGAGAAGCAGUCCAUGCAGCAGCUUUAUUGCAACACAGACAAGAGAUUCCUCGCAGAUCGCUUUGUAGAGGGCACAUGCCCAAAAUGCGGCUACAGCGACGCGCGAGGCGAUCAGUGCGAUAGCUGUACGAACCAGCUCGACCCAUUCGAGCUCAUCAAGCCACGCUGUAAGCUAUGCGGCAAUGCGCCGGAAGAAAAGCAUUCAGAUCAUCUCUUCAUCAAGCUCGGUGAGAUGCAGAAGGAUCUCACUGUCUGGAUAGACGAAGCGAUCAAGACGGGGAUAUGGAGCAAUAACGCGAUAGCGCUCACGAAGGGUUGGUUAGACCAAGGUCUCAAACCGCGUUGCCUCACUCGCGAUCUUUCUUGGGGCGUGCCCGUACCUCUGCCCGGCUGGGAAGGCAAGGUCAUGUAUGUCUGGUUUGAUGCGCCAUUCGGUUAUCCAUCGAUCACUGCGACGUAUACCGACGAAUGGAAGCGAUGGUGGCAAGACCCUGACAAUGUCGAGCUGUAUCAAUUCAUGGGCAAAGACAAUGUGCCAUUUCACACCAUCAUGUUCCCUGCUUUCCAGAUUGGCUCAGGCGAUAAUUGGACCAAGCUGAACUCGCUCAGCACGACGGAAUACCUCAACUACAUGGAUGUCAAGUUCUCAAAGUCUCGCGGUGUCGGCGUCUUUGGAGAGAAUGCGAAAGACACGGGCGUGUCGGCAUCCGUCUGGCGCUACUAUCUCCUCAUGAACAGACCUGAGACAAGCGAUACCACCUUUACCUGGAGCGAUUUUAUCAAUCGCAACAAUGGCGAGCUUCUGGGCAACCUUGGCAACUUUGUCAAUCGCGCACACAAGUUUGUCAAUGCAAAGUACGACUCUGUCAUCCCGGAUCCGGCGUCAAUCUCUUCAGACGUAGACCAACAUCAAGAUGCGCUCGACGAAGACCUCCAACGCGACGCAGAUGCUCUGAUAUCUAGCUAUAUAGAAGAUAUGGAGCGGAUAAAGAUGCGCGCUGCACUAGACUCUAUCAUGCGAUUGUCCAGUCGAGGCAAUCUAUACCUGCAGACUUCAGUUCUUGGCAACGAUCUCUUCGCAAACCAACCCGCACGAUGCGCUCGCGUCGUGUCCAAUGCGCUCAAUCUGACUUACGCACUCUCUGCAAUGAUAGAACCUUUCAUGCCAGCCACAACAGAAGCUAUUUUGACUCAGCUCAACGCGCCCGCUCGCAGUCUACCUACCUCGUUCGAUCGUGGUCUCUUAGCAGGGCACAAGAUCUUACCUGCUGCGCACUUGUUCAAGCCCAUCGAUAUAAAGAUGGAAGCGAUAUGGCGCGCACAAUAUGGUGGCGACUCGAGCGCUACCGUUGAAGAGACGCCCAAAGAGAGCAAGCGCGCCGCAAAGCUCAAGGCGAAAGCCAAACAGUCGGCGCAGUCCGCGAGCGAACAAUCGACGCUCGUCGGUCCAAAAUCGCCAGAAAUUAUUCGACUGGAGACCGACAUCGUCGCGCAAGGAACCAAAGUGCGAGAAGCGAAAGCAGCUGCGAACAAAGAUACUGCCCCAGAGCUGCAAUCAAAAGUUCAAGAGGAACUCUCGCAAUUGCUCAAGCUCAAGCAAGAUCUUGCCGAGCUAGUCUUGCAGACUUCACAGCUCCAGGUGACCAAUGCGAUCGAGUAGGGAGAAGUAGACACUUUGCACGCCAGGCGCGCGCAAGUUGUACAGAUAUGAAUUGCAUGCAGUCGGAACAACAC